AUGGCGCGCCAAAUCAUGUUCUGCCCAGGACAAGGAAUUAUGCCCCAUGAAGACGGCUCUGCAUACCACCCAGUAGUUGCGACUGUGAGUUUGGGUGGUCCCAUUGUCCUUGAUCUGUAUGUAAAGGACAGCCAUGACAAAGACGAGAGCUACAUUUCCAAUGGUCCCAGUCAUGAGACACCGCAGUUCCGGAUCCUUCAGGAAAGACGAAGUCUUUUUAUUAUGAGGAACUCUAUUUACAAGGAUUUCUUGCAUGGAAUUGCGGAGACAACCAAAGAUGAUGAUCUGGGACCUCAUUCUAUCUGCAAUUGGAAUCUGUUGCGAGAACGAGAUUCGUACAAUGCCGGUUGGUAUCUCCGGGAGACGAGGACAAGUCUCACGUAUCGAGAUGUUCUGAAGGUUUCAACGGUUGGGGACACACUGAAACGUUUGGGGGUCUAA